AUGGCGGACGAAGCGCUCUCUAUCUACGAUGAGAUUGAAAUCGAAGACAUGACGUUCGACCCAAACCUGCAAAUCUACCACUACCCGUGUCCAUGUGGCGACCGCUUCGAAAUCGCGAUCGAUGACCUUCGUGACGGCGAGGAGAUUGCCGUCUGUCCGAGCUGCAGCUUGAUGAUUCGGGUCAUCUUCGAUGUGUCUGAUUUGCCUAAGGGCACCAACCAACAGGCAUCAACAGUCUCGGUCAGCGCAUGA